UAAUAUAAAAGCUAUAUAAUAUCCUUUCUUUAUAUAAUUAGUAAAAUAAUAAAAAGAAUAAUAAUAUUAGAGAUAGAUAAAAUUUUUUUUUUUUUUAAAAUAUAUAUUUAUUUAUGUGCAACAAAUAAUAAAAAAAUAAAAAAAUAAAAAAAAACAACAAUUAUAAUCUAAUUAAUAAGAAAUUCCUUUUUUUUCUUUUUUCAUUUAUAUAAAUUAAAUAGUUUCAAUAAUCAAAUAUAUUAUUUUAAAUACUGUUAGUAAUAAUUAUUAUAAUAGCUUUGAAUUAAUUAAUUUUUAAUUUAAUUUAAAAUUGUAUAUACAACAAUAAUUAUAAUCUUUUUUUUUUUGUAAUAAUAUUUUAACAAUAAUAAUAUUGUUUUUUAAAUAAAAUAAUAAUAAAAAUAAUAAUAAAAAUAAAAAUAAUAUAGUUUUAAAAUUAAAUAUAUAAUUAUAAAUAAUGACAACAACUCAAACAUUUAGUCAAGAGUUAAUUGUAGCAAUUGAACAAAAUGAUAUAAAUAAAGUAAGAAAACUUCAUAGUAAGAAGAGAAUUACUAGACAAAAUAUUGUUGCAUUCGAUGGAUUUGGACAAUCACCAAUUACAGCAGCAGUAAAGAAUAAUAAUGAAGAGAUAUUAGAUCUCCUUUUACAACUUUGUAUCACACUAAAAGCUGACAUCAACAACAGAGACAAGAAUGGUUUUACAGCACUUCACCAAGCAGUCUACUAUGAAGAUAAGAUUCUCAUGAAAUUAUUACAGUAUGAUAAUAUUAAUGUCGAUGUUCAAAAUGAAGACUACAAUACUCCAAUCCAUUAUUUUUGUCAAAAAUUUAAAUAUCCAAGUUGUCAAGAGCCAUUCCAACUUUUCAUUCAAAAGGGUGUCAAUGUAAAUGCUCAAAAUAAGAAUGGGGAAACUCCAUUACACAAGGCGAUCUUUAAUAACUAUGUACGUCUCAUUUUAGUUAACUUACUCUUAAAGAAUGGUGCAAAUGUAAAUUUAGUAACAAUGAAUCAAGAGUCUCCACUCCAUUAUGCCGUUCGUUUAGGUCGUGAAGAUUUGGUAUCUGUUUUAUUAAAGGCUGGUGCUGAUGUCGAUUUCGUCGGUACCAAAGAUAAAAAGACUCCAUAUGAAUUGGCCAUCGAUGAGGGUUCAAAAGAAAUGAUUGCACGUAUUAAAAAAUAUAAAGUUCUUUUCCAAUGGUUACAAGAGCACGAUUUAGAACAAUAUAAAGAUGCUUUCUUAAAAGAAGAAAUAUUUUAUGACGAAAUUAGUGAAAUGAAUGAAGCAAUGGUCGAUAAAAUGGGCUUUUCAAAAGGUCAUAGAUUAAGAAUUAUAAAACUUAUUACCAAUUUAGCAAAUGAAAAUAAAGAAAAGAAACCAAAGACACCAGAAGUUAUAGCUGAAGAGGAUCCAUCACCACCCGAUACCCCUGAUAUCUCUGGUCUUAGACAUUCAUUACACACAUUAAGACACAUAGGUGAAGUAAAUAUUAUAAAACAUGAAGAGUUGGAAUAUACCGAUAAAUUAGGUUCAGGAAGUUCAGGUAAAGUUUAUAAAGGUCUCUAUAAAGGUAAAGAAGUUGCAAUUAAAGUAUUAAAAUCAAUGACAGAAGCGAGAGAAAUAGAUGAAUUUAAGAAAGAAUUCCAAAUCAUGAGUGCUAUAAGAUCAAAGCAUGUUGUACAUUUUUAUGGAGCAGUAUUACAGCCAAAACUUUGUAUGGUUAUGGAAAAUUGCAUUAGAGGAAGUUUAUAUCAUGUAAUGAACGACGAAAAAUUAGAUAUUGGUUGGGAUAAAACCUUUAGAUUUGCCACCGAAGCUGCAAGAGGUAUAGCAUGCCUCCACAUGUGGGAGCCAAUGAUUGUUCACAGAGAUUUAAAGUCCUUAAAUCUUUUGGUCAACGAUAAAUGGGAAGUUAAAGUUUGCGAUUUUGGUUUAAGUCGUUUCAAUACAGGUUCAAAUUUAGAAACAUUGGUAAAGAUGAGAGGCACCUUUGCCUACUGUGCACCAGAGGUUUAUUUUGGAGAACAAUUUUCAGCCAGAUCCGAUGUCUAUUCAAUGGGUAUGAUUCUUUGGGAAUUGGUCACUAGAUGUAUAAAUGGUAGAUAUGAAAGACCUUUUUCAGAAUUUAAAAAUUUACAACACGAUUUCCAAAUUAUCAUUCAAACCGCAAAAAGGAACCUUAGACCCACUAUUCCAAAAGCAUGUCCUGUUUCUUUUUCACAAUUAAUUCAAGAUUGUUGGGACCCUUCUUCAGAAAAUAGACCAACUUGCAGCGAUAUUGUUAGAAGAUUAGCCGAAAUUGAAAAUGAAUAUAGAAUGAAUACACAACUAUGGAAUAGCUAUAUAGUUCCACUCCCAAAAAGUCAAGAUAAUUAAUAAAAAUAACAAUAACAGUAAUAACUUAUUUAAAUAAUAAUAAAAAAAAAAAUAAAAAAAAUAAAAAAAAAAAUUAU